GGGGAGUGGGGCCUACUUAUCCAACCAUCUUCACACAUUCAAAUCCAACGUCUACUAUGGUAAUUGUGUCAACCUUUAGCAAAUCCUACUAUCCCGUAACAAUGGCCAACAUUGUUGUUAUUGAAGUUAUCAUCUAAGUCCAAGAAACUUGAGUGGAUUGAAUUCUCUGCAAUGGCUGCAACUUCUUCUCUACUUUCAAACUCAAUCUCAAAGCUCCUUGGCCCAACUUCUUCAAUCCCUUUCACAAGUUUAAACAAUGCUUCUCAAACUCAAAGCUGUUUCUCAUCCGACCCACAACCUUUUUGUACUACUAGAAAACUAAACAAAAUCAGGGCCAAUGCCAAGAAGAAGAACUCCUGGCUGGACCCUUUUGAUGAUGGGGAAGACCCUGAUAUGGAGUAUGGAUCUCUGUUUUCUGAUGGAAAGCAAGAUGAAGAUCCAAGGCUGCCCGAUGAUCCCAACAGUCCAAGAGGGUUCUUGAAAUUCCCCACAGGAUUCAGUGUGGAAGUCGCUUCCUUGGGAUCGAAAAUUCGAGGCGAUGUUCGAAGGUGCUGUUGCAUUAUUUCUGGUGGUGUUUAUGAGAACUUGCUGUUUUUCCCGACGAUUCAAUUGAUAAAGGAUAGGUAUCCUGGUGUUCAGAUUGAUACCGUGACGACUGAGAGAGGGAAACAGGCUUAUGAAAUCAAUAAGAAUGUGAGGUGGGCUGAUGUUUAUGAUCCUGAUGAUGACUUCCCUGAGCCUGCAGAGUAUACUGAUAUGAUCGGAGUUCUUAAGAAUAGGUACUAUGACAUGAUCCUGUCAACUAGGUUAGCUGGGAUUGGGCAUGCUGCAUUCAUGUACAUGGCGACAGCUCGAGAAAGGGUCAGUUACAUAUACCCGAACGUCAAUGCUGCAGGAGCCGGCUUAUUGCUUUCAGAAUCUUUCAAAGCUGACAGUAUGAAUCUUUCGGAGGGCGGAUACCAUAUGUACCAUCAAAUGGAAGAAUGGUUGGGAAGGCCACGGAAUAAUGUACCUAGGCAUGUUGUUUCUCCCUUAAAGGUAACCAUCUCAAGGAAGGUCAAGGAGGUUGUGGAGGAAAAGUACAGGAAAGCCGGUGCACAGAAAGGCAAAUACGUAGUUAUUCAUGGAAUAAAGUGCGAUUCAAAGGCGUCUAUGCAGUCCAAAGGCGACCCUGAUAGCUUGCUACCUAUUGAAGUAUGGAAUGAGAUAACCAAGGCAAUUAGUGGAAUCAGGCCACUUUUUGUCAUCCCACAUGAGAAAGAAAGAGAGAAUGUAGAAGAUGUAGCGGGAUAUGAUGCAAGUAUAGUGUUUAUCACAACUCCAGGGCAGGUACUAAUAUUAGUUCAUUGCUCUUUCAAAUCAGACUAUAAAAUGUCAGCUUGUGUAUAUCAAUAACUGACUGAAGCAAGGAGUCAGUUCCAACGAAUCGUUUAUCUUCUUUCCUUGGCACAGUUGGCUGCUCUUAUCAGCGAUUCAGCCGGGGUGAUAGCAACUAAUACAGCAGCAAUUCAGCUAGCAAAUGCACGCGACAAGCCGAGGUAAACUCUCUGACAACAUUGCCUCAUGGGAUGAGCAUUUCUUUUCCAAAUACAUUGAUCUGUUUUGUUGUCCAAAAUUUUGCAGCAUUGGGUUGUUUUGCUCGGAAGAAAAGUCGAACGCAUUUGUUCCGAAUGCAGAAGAGAAGAAAUGUGCACUAAUUUCAUCUAAAACUGGAAGAUUAAUCGAUAUUGAUGUUGAGGCUGUGAAGAAUGCUGUGCAGGUGUUCACAGUGCCCCUUGCUCUUGCUGCUGUAUAGUGUGUAGUACAGUUUCCUUCUUACUACAAUGCAUAUUCUGUAUUUUUCGGUGAAAGCGACGAAAAAACCAUAGGCCUUGAAUUUCUUGGAGUUGUACCUACCAAGUUUCUUAGUUUUUAUAGAAGAUUCACGCUCAUUCUAAGUCAUCAUGAUAGCCACAAAAGAUCAAAUGCCUACUAAUCAAGGGUAAGGUUGUGUACAAACAUUCUGAUAACUUAAAAUAUAAUCAAAUGUCAACUGAUUACUGAUCAAGGAUAAGAUUGAAUACAAAUAUCCUCCACUCUCCAC